UAGCACAAUGGUUAAUUCUACCGAACCCAAAUCCGACAGCGACAAGCAAAAGAACACUUUGGAUAUCGGUCUGUUGGAAGAAGACGAUGAAUUCGAAGAGUUCCCAGUGGAAGAGUGGACUAGUCAAGAUGAAGAAGAUAAAGAGGCUAAUGUUUGGGAAGAUAAUUGGGAUGAUGACAAUGUCGAAGAUGAUUUCAGUGUUCAAUUGAGAGCCGAAUUUGAAAAACAAAAUAUUCCUGCUACCUUUUAAGUUUACUGGUCCAUAAUGUGUUGUUUUUGUAUUAAAUACAUGUAUAAACUAAAAUUAUAAAUUCAUACAGCUAAUAUAGCAUUAUUAAUAUUAAUA